AUGCCUCCGUACAAUGCAGUUAUAUUAUUUUUAUUAUCGAGUCAUAUUUAUGUAGUGCAAAUGACGUCUGAAAAGUAUAACGUAUUUGAUAAAAUACAAUCAGGUUUCAAAAUGGCUAGCGAUUUUUUAUCGACUGACCACGCUAGUAGAGUAGCUAAUUUGGUCAGUAACGCACUUGGAGGGAAAUCUUCACAGGGUAAUACAAGCGGAAAACCUCAUAAUGUUUUUUCUGGAUUUUUAAGACUUUUCGGAUUCGAACCAAAACAUAUCAGUGCUAUAGCAGUCAACGCUAUAAUAUUAAUUGCGCAAUUAAUAUCUACGUCCCUCAACUUACCAACGAAAGUUGAACCAAAACAAAUUGAAAAAGAUGCACCGUUCGAAUGGAUGUUGGAUAAUAGUAUUAUCUCUAACAUAUUUCCGGUUACACAAGAUGAAAAAUUGACUGAAAAUGUUAUCGAUUACGUUAAAGAGAGAAGCCUGGACGAAGAAACCGGUUGUCUACAGCUCUUACUUUGCAAAAUGAAGCCUUUCAUUAAAGAAAUGCAGAGAGCGAUUAAAGAAAGAGGAAAAAAUUUAGUCAAAGGAUUUGAUGUUCUAUAUAAUUAUUUUCCCUCCACUGACGAAAUUGACGAAAACGGGGAACUAUGCGAAGAAAAAUAUUACUAUUGUAGUGUACCUCUUUAA